GGCCCUGUAUUUCACCAUGUUGCCUUUGGGUAACACCCAUUUUCUUCACUUUGCAAGCACAUUAUGCAUGUAAGAUGGCAAUGAAAUUGUUGAUAAUGAAAAGAUCACUUCGAAUGAACACCAAAUUGCUUUUUCCUUGGUCAAAAUACAUCUUGGUGGUCAUUAUCUAGUACUUUUUCUGGCAAGGUGCACUUUGUGGUGGUUGCAGGGUUUUGCUCUGGAGAACUGUCCCUAAGAAAAGCAAUUUUCAUAGAUUCUUCAGCCAUUAAAAAUAUAAUUAACAUUUUUUUGAGUAAACUUUAUAUUAAAAGAUUGAGGCAUAUUUAUUAUUUGUAUGUUAUGCAAAAUUGAUACAUUUUGUUGCCUUGAAGCAAGCUGUAUAGUAGAAUGAAUACAGCUUGAAUGUUCUGUUUAUAUAUAUAUAUAUAUAUAUAUAUUUAUUUAUUUAUUUAUUUAUUUAUUUUUGUAUUAUCCAUUAUUAAACCAACUUUAGUAUUUAACAAUAUUAAGUAAAAUUUUGGUAAAGUUACCUAAGAGACAAUUGUAUUAGAUUAUCAUAUCGCAGAUGGUAUAAAGUACUGAUAAGUGUAAUUAAACGGUUUAACCGCAUUGUUCAUUGCUGUAUUUAACAUUUUUAGUAUUCUGACAUCCACAAGAUGUAUAGCCACUCAUUUUCAUUUCAAGUAUUUCUUUAGAAACCUGUUUUCGAUUCAUUUCUUUUCAGAGUUGCACAAUGUUGCCUUGAAACAACAUACCUAAAAAUAUAGCUGCAAGCAGCAAUGAUCUGGGCCAAGCCCUAAAGCCAUGCCCUAAGCACAAUGCAAAGAGCUCCAGCACAACGGCGAGCUGGGAUUCACCCAGUCCUUUGAACUGAAGCCCAGAGCUAUAACCACUGUGCCACACAAUCAGUGGCAGACUGUAGCUGUGAAUAUGAGUGAUGAUAAACCGUUUCUCUGCACUGCUCCUGGCUGCGGACAGCGAUUCACAAAUGAAGACCACCUGGCAGUGCAUAAACACAAGCAUGAGAUGACCUUGAGGUUUGGGCCAGCACGCAAUGACACUGCCAUCAUCGCUGACCAGACACCGACACCGACCCGCUUCUUGAAGAACUGUGAAGAGGUCGGGCUGUUUAACGAGCUCACCAGCCCGUUUGAGCAUGACUUUAAAAAGGCCACUGAGGAUGACAUUAAAAAGUUGCCCCUGGACUUGUCUCCUCUUGCGACUCCUGUUGUUCGAAACAAAAUAGAGGAGCACACAUCCAUGGAGUCUAACAGAAACAGUCCUCUACCCCACCCCGAGUCUACAACCACUGACGACAAGGAGGUUUCUUUGCAGCCGACCUCUCUGCCUUCAUCCACUAUAGUCCGUCCUGCCUCCCUUCAAGUCCCCAAUGUACUUCUGGCCAGCAAUGAUGCUGGUGUUGUUAUUCAGCAAGCUCCUCUCCCAUCACCAACAUCUAGCUCUGUUAUAACCCAGGUCCCAUCCUCUAGUAGACCGAUAGUUCCAGUGUCAGGCACAUUUCCGGUUCUUCUGCAGCUGCCUAACGGUCAGACCAUGCCAGUAGCCAUCCCAGCCACCAUCGCCAGCUCAAGCGUACACAUACCCACUGCCAUUCCUCUGGUCAGACCGGUCACCGUAGUGCCUAGUGUCCCUGGGAUCCCCGGCCCCUCCUCUCCUCAGCCUGUCCAAUCAGAAGCUAAGAUGAAGCUCAAGGCGGCCCUCAGUCAACAGCUCCCUCAGGUAACCAACGGCAAUGCAGGUGACCUCCAGAGCAGCUCUGCCAGCCAGACCCCACCCCCAGCCCAACCUCCAACCGAGAAGCCAUGCCCAAAAUCACUACAGCAACCAGCUACAUCCACUACAGAAACUCCUGUGUCUCCAGCCCAGCACACGACCAGCACAGGUGGGCGGCGGCGGAGAAUGACCAGUGACGACCCAGAUGAGAAAAGACGAAAGUUCCUGGAAAGAAAUAGAGCCGCUGCAUCCCGCUGCAGGCAAAAGAGGAAAGUCUGGGUGCAAGGUCUGGAGAAAAAAGCUGAAGACUUGAGCACCAUGAACGGACAGCUACAGAAUGAGGUGACUAUUCUGCGUAGUGAGGUGGCCCAGCUGAAACAGCUUUUACUGGCUCAUAAGGACUGUCCUGUGACGCUACUGCAGAAGAAAUCGGGAUACCACCAGUUAGAUAAGGAGGACAGCUGUGGAGAGAUGUCCGUUCCCAGCAGCCCACAGAACGAGGCCAUCCAGCACAGCUCUAUCAGCACAUCCAACGGAGUCAGCUCAUCCACAGCAAUCACAGCGGCUCUCACAUCCGGCCCCGCUCAGGGGCCCGCCACAAACCAGGGCACUGAAGAGGAGUCGUCACAAGUGGGCGGGGCUUCUGCCACUCACGCCCAGUCUUCAGGAAGCUGAUCAGACCUCUUAAUGGUCACUUUGAUUUCUGGCAGCCAUGUUGAAAUGAGGGGGAGAGGAAAUGCUCCAUGGAGAAUAUUCCUGUCUGUUUCCCCCUCCGAUUUCAUAUGAGCUAUUUUCAAUCCAAUGCAUUUUUACUAAGAGUGAGUUCAGUAGUUGAGGAAGGCACUUGGGCGAUCAUGCAAAGAUUUUACUGAUUGAUUGUUUUUUUUUUUUUUUUCAAUAUGUGGUGUAUUUAUUGAGUUGAUAUGAAAUGCAGGGCACUGUGUAGGAAGGAUCAAGAACCGUUGAAUCACAUGAAUCCCUACAGCCAAAAUGUACCUGGAUUCAUAGUAAUAGGAAGAGGACUUAUUGAAGCACUGUCAGAGGCUUAAAGAUGAAAGACAUGGCCACUUUAAUUUCUUUGCCUUUUAUAUUUUGCACAUGAGGAGAGUGAAAUGGUGUUUUUUAUUUAUAAUAAUUAUUAUUUUGAAGUGCGUGUUGACGAGCAGUUCCAGCAGCUGCUAAGAGUUGCUUUAAAACUGUCUUGUUACAAAUCUUAUACUGAUCAUCUUCUUGAAUUUCUUGAAAUAGUGAUGUGCUGGUGUGUGAAUGUUUUUUAUGAUUCUUGGCCUGUUAAAAGAAGUCUUUGGGAAAGUCGUUACAUCAAAAAUAUCUUGAGCGGAGCGAUUGGUCCUUUGGCAUUGAUUGUAAGAGUGCAUUAUUCACCAUGCAGACUUUCAAAUGCUCUCUCUAUAUGCCAUUAUUUGAUUAGUUUCAAUUACAGUUUCAUUUUAGCUGAAAUCAGUAAAAUAGAUCCUGAUUUUGAAGGUUUUCAUUAACUUAAUUAUUUUGAUAAAAGAGCUUUAUGCCUUUUAAAAUAAGUGAUUUUAUUUUCUGCGUGAGAACAAAGUGGCUGACUUUGUAUUUGUGGUGUUUGAUUCUUAGAAACAAAGAAAAAACUCUUUAGUUCAUUCACUGGUUGUCUUUCUAAUUACAGUGUAUUUAAGGAAGCAUUGUAAAUGCCAUUACUGAUGAAAUCAUUGUAUGUGAUCUCUACUGGUACUAUGUGUUUGUCUUAGGAUCAAAAGGACAACCAUUUUAAAAUAAGUAAAAUAUAAUAAUCACCUGAACAAGCCUUUGAGGCUUUCUCUGCCUGAUCUGUGGAAGCAAUUCUGUCUUUGAAUAAAAUUCUUACAAAUUUGAACUUUAACUGGAGCUGCUUUUUAAAAGAAACAAACAAAUAAAACACACUGAGACUUUAGGAUGUUUUUUUAAGUUAAAGUAUUAACUUAGACUAUGCUUAGUGACAGUUACCAAGUAAGAAUCGGUCUUAAAUUACCAUUUUGCAUCCUUUUCUCUUUAAACUGUAUUUGCUUACUACUGUGUAGUGCUACAAGGCUUUGCUGCAUUUUUCCUGCUUUAAUGAUCAGCUGUUUAAAACUUGAUUUUUGUUCUGAGAGGUAAUUUGUAUGAGAGUUGUUAUGUUCUUAUCUGCAUGACUGAAUUCUGAGAAACUGAGAAUUUGACCAAUGUUUCAACCAUGUCUGUUUUGGGUUAUUGCAAAUGAACAUCUCUUGGGUUUCUCAGCCAGGAAAUGGCUUUUUUUUUUUUUUAUUAACUCUGGGUCUACUUCGAAAAAGGAUGUGAUUAUUGUUGUGUUGGCGGUCAACUUGUAACUUGUGAAAGUUAUGUAUAAAGUAAAAUAAAUUCAAAUGUUGUAAUAAAACUUUUAAUAGCUCUUUAA